AUGAGUACAGAAAUUAAUGAAAAAUGCUCAAUGUGUUUUUUCACUAGUGUGUCAAAGUUGAAUGUAAUUAAACAUAUUGUAUGGUAUCAUCGAUUUGAUCUAAGUUUUAUGGUAAAGUGUACUCAACAUGGAUGUGGGGCUACAUACCAAAAUUGGAAAUCGUUCAACAAUCAUCUUUACCGCAAACAUUCAACGAUUUUAAGAGCAGAGGAAAAUAUAACGGCUGAUAACAUAGAAAAUACAAAUGACAUUGAGACAGAAGAAGAAAUUCAUGAUGCAUCACUGAACGAAGAUGAACCUCUAAGGUUUAAUCAUUCAAUAGAGUCACUUCAAUGGCAUGCUGCAAAAUUUUUUAUCAAUAUACGUGAAAACUGUAAAGUUUCGCAAAAUGCGAUGAAUAAGAAAGAGAUGAGAGAAGCAGCAGAUUCUCAAACUCAAAUGUUGACAGUGCAGUGCAUUGAAGACAUUUUUAUUGAAAAGUACCCUUCUUCAAUGAUUUUUUCUCACCUAACAACUGAAGAUGAUUUGGAAAAAUUUCUUGUAGAAGAAAUGGAUUUGGUCUUGCCUCGAGAAAAAAAAUUAUCCACAAACUUUGUUUGGAGGAAAAAAAGAGGACCAAGAGGGGAGACAACAAUGAAAAUAUGUAAAGCUGAUAAUAAUGCAUAUGUAGUUCCUUUUUUGGAGAAUUUAAAAAAUGUAUUGAUGAAUGAUGAGAUCAGAGCUAAUGUAGAUAAUCCUUUACAAUACAUUAAUGGCACUUAUCGAACUGUUUUGGAUGGUAGUUACUAUCGAGAAAAUGAGUUUUUUAGCCAGAAUCCAAAUUCUUUGGCUAUAAUAUUAUAUUAUGACGAUUUAGAAAUAGCUAACGUAUCGGGUAGUAGUGCCAAAUUUAAAAAACUGUCUAUGUUUUAUUGGGUACUUGCUAAUAUCAGACCAGAACUUAGAUCAUUAAAGAAUGCCAUUCAAUUACUGGCUAUUGUAAAAACAAAACAUAUAAAGAAUCCAGAUAAUCUACGAAAAAUUUUACAAUUUUUUGUUGAUGACAUAGUUAAAUUACAGAUGGUAGGGAUUGAUAUCGUCAUAAAUAAUACUGUAAAAAAUUAUAAAGGGUCUCUCUUAUUUUUUGCCGGAGAUACACCUGCAUCAGCAUUGAUAGGUGGAUUUAAAGAGUCUGUUUCAGCAACACGUCCUUGUCGCUCUUGCAUGGUUGCACACGAAGACCUUAAAAGAUUUUUCACUAAAGAAGAUUUUAUUUUAAGAAACCUAGAUAAUCAUGAGGAUCAUUUAAAUGCAAUAAACGAACCCAAUUCAAGUAAAGGGGCAAGUGAUUUUUGGAAGAAAACUUAUGGAAUUAAUCGAAGAAGUUCAUUAAUGAAUAUACCUCAUUUUGACAUAACAGCUGGUUUACCCCAAGAUUGUAUGCACGUAUUAAUUGAAGGUGUUACAGAAAUCACAUGUCGAUUAUUCUUAUGUCAUAUCAUCAUGAACGAAAAACUUUGUUUACUCAAUAAUAUUAAUAAUAAUAUAUCAACUUUUAAUUAUGGACAUUUAGGAUCGAGUCAACCAGCUAUCAUUCAUAAAGAUGAAUUGGCCAUAGACAAGUCUUUACGCCAAAGUGCAGCACAAAUGUUUGCAUUAGCACACACGCUGCCAUUUUUAAUCGAUGAAUGGGUAUACUUUUGUGAAAGAGAAGGUCUUAGAAAACGACUUGAACAUUAUAUUUUACUACUUCAAAUCAUGAAUUUGUGUCUUUCCUACGAAAUCAGUGCUGACUCUGUAAAUUUAUUGAGUCAAAGCAUUGAAUUAUUUUUGUCGCAAUUAAUUUUAUUAUAUCCUGAUCAUUUUGUUCCAAAAUUUCAUUUUCUAAUUCAUGUUCCACGUUAUAUAAAAUUAUUUGGACCUGCACGACAACAAUGGUGCUUCAGAUUUGAGUCAGCUCACGCAUAUUUCAAGUCUCUGGUUCCAGUUGUUCGGAAUUUCAAAAAUAUGCCCUAUACACUAUCUUAUCGUCAUCAAGUACGUCUUUGCUCUCAUCUUAAUUCUUACCCGAAGUAUUCAUCAAAGAUCUUUUUAUACAAAGGAGAUGAAAUUACUCCAGGUCCUACAGUUAGAUUACAAAAUUUAUCUUAUGCCAAUUUACUUUAUGAGUAUGUUGGUGAAUUAGAAAGAAAUGUAUGUCAAGUGAUGCGAUCCCCUAAAAUUAUUAUACAUGAUACCGUAUAUCAAAAUCAAUCUAUUAUUUUAUUAGAGUGUGAUGAAAAUUUUUUGCCAGUUUUCGGUGAGAUUUGUGACCUUCAAUGUUCGGAAUGA